UUUGGGAAAAGGGAGGCGGGGGGAUCUUCUUAUUGAAUGCAUCCCCCGUACCGUGCUCUUUUGCAAACUGUUUGUGUAAAAGGGCGGUUGUGGGUGCGUUUACUCGCAAGAAGUAAGGCCUUGCAACAGUAAGGGAAGGACAUCCACAUCUGAAUUGCCUUAGGUCUGGCUUUCAGUGAUCUUUGGCAUCAUGGAUGGAGUCACUUCUGCCCCACGGCAUCUCUCUGUGGUGGUGCUGUAACUGCUAUCGCAAAGCCAGGAGUUUACAUUUGCAGAAAGGGGAUGGUGGAUCGGAGCUGAGCUAGGAUCGUCCCUUGCAAGAGAAAGAUGGCUGCAGAGAAAGAGAGAGAGUUCUCAGUGUUGAUGUUCCAGGACACGAAGCCAGGAAUGAAAACAGAGAGGCAGGAACUGGAAGACUGCCAACCUGAGAUGGAACUGGAGGAAAGUGAGGAGACCUCUCGAGCUGCUGAGGUGCAGACAGUUAAUCAGAGUUUCAUAGUAACCCCACAACACAUUAAAUGGGAACCAGAAGAUGGAUUGUCAUCGGAACCCUGGGAUAUCCAAUGGCAGGAGUUCUUGGACACACCGCAAACCCCCCCAUCAGGACAGGGCAACUCACAACUGCCAGAAACCAUGCCCGGGGAGGAGGUGAGGAAUGUUCUGCUCCCUUUUGAAGGAGCAGGGGGUAGCAGCCGGUGGGCUAAGGAAGAUAGGGUGAUCAGGCUCAUGCCAAGACUUAACAAAAUGGCCCAAGAGGCCCAAAAUCUAAAUGCCACAAACAGGAGAGGGGAUGGGUAUGUAAAAAAACCCAAGACUGCAGACCCCAUUAUUUCAGAGCUCCAGUGCCAGCGUUUCAGGCAAUACUGCUACCAGGAAGCUGAAGGUCCGUGGGAAGCUUACAGCCAACUCCGAGAACUUUGCUACCAGUGGCUGAUGCCGGAAAAACGCACCAAGGAGCAGAUCUUGGAGUUGCUGAUCCUAGAGCAGUUCCUGACCAUCCUGCCCCAAGAAUUACAGAGCUGGAUCCGGGAACACGGUUCUGAGAGCUGUUUUCAUGCUGCAGCCCUGGCAGAAGAUUUUCUCCUGAGGAAACAAGAGGCCGAGAGGCAGGAUCAGCAGUUGUCAGGGGCAAAACGAGAGAUGACCAUGAAUGCCUCGGUAGAAGAGGAAGCAACUCUGGAAACGGCACUUGGGCAGCUCAGAGAAGAUUCUAGUGAGCUAGCAGGUGAUGAAGGGCAGAUAGAGAACGACAGGCUGUCUCUGGAAAGAUCACAGUGUCAUGAAUUGGAAGAAGACAUUUCAAACCGAGACGAGCCAAAGAGACUUCAGGGAAUCGAAAUGGAUGAACAGUCAAGUCAGUCUCUCGCCUCUCAUCCUUCUGUGCUUCGCUUCUGUGAAAUGACAGUCCAAGAAACAAUCAACAAAGGCAUCAGAAGGGGUCCAAAAGCCUGUGAGAAUGUGUUUGGAGACAAGUUGCAUCUUAAUGCACAUCAGAGAACCCAUGCGGAGGAGAAGCCGUAUGAAUGCUCCGUUUGUGGGAAAGGAUUUCUCUCACGAUCGGGCGUGAUCAUCCACAUGAGAAUCCACAGCACAGAGAAGCCGUACAAUUGCUCAGGCUGCAGCAAAAGCUUUCGACGGAGCUCGCACCUGCAUACCCAUAGCAGAAUCCACACAGGGGAGAAACCAUUUACAUGCUUGGAUUGCGGGAAGGGGUUCAGCCGGAGCUCCAACCUUAUUUCACAUCAGAGAAUCCACACAGGGGAGAAACCGUAUGCCUGCUCCUCUUGUACCAAACAGUUCUGUGACAAAUCCAGCCUGGUUAGACACGAGAGACUUCAUACUGGAGACAGGCCGUUUAAAUGCACCGAAUGUGGGAAAAGCUUCAGCCAGAGCCACCAUCUUAUCACGCACCAGAGGAUGCACACUGGUGAGAAGCCGUACCGAUGCCUGCACUGCGACAAAAGCUUUUGUGAUAAAUCAACUUACAUCCGACAUCAGAAAAACCACACCGGGGAGAAGCCAUUCAAGUGCACCGACUGUGGGGAAAGUUUCAGUCGGAGCAAACACCUCAUUAGGCACAGGAGAAUUCAUACAGCAAGGGAACUAAUCCACACAGGGGAGAAACCGUAUGAAUGCCCAGACUGCGGGAAGAAGUUCAAUCGCAGCACAAACCUUAUCAGCCAUCAGAGAAUCCACACAGGAGAGAAACCGUAUGGGUGCUCCGACUGUAGAAAAUCAUAUCCUUAUCUAGCAGACCUUAUCGUGCAUGAGAGAACUCAUACCGGAGAGAAACCAUACGAAUGCUCCGAGUGCGGGAAAAGCUUCAAUACCACCUCUUAUCUUACGAAACACAAAAGGAUCCACACAGGAGAGAAACCAUACCGAUGCCUGGAGUGCGGGCAAGGUUUCUGUCAGAAAGGCAACCUUGUGUCACACGUGAGAAUCCACACAGGGGAAAAGCCGUACAAGUGCUCAGUGUGCGGACAAAGCUUCAGCCAAAGGAAGAUUCUCGAUAAACACCAGAGGAUCCACACUGGAGAGAAACCCUAUACAUGUUUAGACUGUGGACAGAGUUUUAGUCAGACUUCACACCUUCUUACGCACAAGAGGACCCAUACAGGAGAAAAGCCACAUAAAUGCUCAGACUGUGGAAAAGGCUUUAAUCAGAAAGGAGACCUUGUCAUACACAAGAGAAAACACACAGGGCAGAAGCCGUACGAAUGCUCCGAGUGUGGGAAAAGUUUUAGCACUAGCUAUCAGUUCAUAAACCAUAAAAGAUUACACACAGGGGAGAAACCUUAUACCUGCUCAGACUGUGGGCAGAGCUUUAACUGGAAGUCAAACUUGAUCACACACCGGAGAAUCCAUACCGGAGAGAAGCCGUAUGAGUGUUCCAUCUGUCAGAAAAGCUUUAGCGAUAAAUCCUCUCUCACAAAGCAUGUAAGAACUCACACAGGGGAGAAACCAUACAAAUGUCCAGACUGUGGACAAAGCUUCAAUUUGAAAUCCAACCUUAUUACACACCAGAGGACCCACACAGGAGAGAAACCGUACACAUGCCCCGAGUGUGGCAAAAACCUAAGUCACAGAUCCUCCCUCACAAAACACAUGAGGACCCACACAGGAGAGAAACCAUAUGAGUGUGUUGAGUGUGGGAAAACCUUCAUUUCGAGCUCUGACUGUAGAAAACAUGAAAGAGUACAUGCGCGAGAGAGGCCAUAUAAACGCGGGAGGAAAUGUCCACUUGUCCCUCUGUUCUCAUAAACAGAAAGCAUGAAGGCUCUGACAUGAAAGGCUUAGGAUUAAUUUAGACACGACAGUAAAGGAGUCAUUCCUUUGCCCCACUUAAAAAAAAUAGCUUUGGGGGUCUUCAAUCAAGAUUAGGGAGAGAGGGGUUAACCCUUGUCCCCUGCACCAUGGCCCUGGUGCAAACUGUUCCCAAAGCUGCUAUUAGUUCAAGGGGCCUUGCUAUGGGCGUAAAUAGUAGCUUCUCUCCCAGAGCAAACUGAAUAUUGUGCCCUGAAGCUGCUCUGAGAAGCAAGUUCCUAUCUGCAUCCAAACCAGCUUCCCUCUGGGAGCAAAUAGAGGCAUCGGGGUGCCAUUUUCACUGGGACCAUGGCACGGCAGGGGUGGGGAGUUAAAUCCUCCUCCUGUUGCUGAUGUGGUCCCUAUGAUAUCACACACACAGCUGUUUCUUAAGAGGCUGAAUAGAAAUUAUGGCUGCUAUCCAGGCUAAUAUUGCAUGUGCAAAAUAACAUUUCAUAUGUGCAAUGGAGGGGAGACAUGAAAUCACUCUUCCCCCUUUCCCUCUACAGCUGUUUGUGCCUCCUGAAAAUAUGUCCCUGAGGGUCCCACAUCCCUCGGGCAUAUUUUCAGGAUACACAGAGGGCUGAAAAAGGAACAGGAAAUUGGUGGAAAUCAUUCUUCCCCUGCUGUAUGCACAAAACAUUAUUCCACAUGCACAUUAGUCUGAAUGUCAGCCAAUGUAUUUAACAUCAGGUCUCAUUUGAUCCUUAUAAAAGUUUAAGACAGUAUCUGGCAUACCGCGCAAUGGUAUGUCAGCCUAGUAAAAUUGUGGGCACACAGGUUGUGUAGCCACAAAAAUAGUGGAAAUACCAUCACACAGAAGUCCACUGGAAAUAAUGGACUUACUCUUGUGUAACAACAGUUGCACAACUUGCGUGCCCUCAGCAUUAUUGGGCUGACGUACCAUUGUGAAGUAUGCCAGCCACUGGAAACAGAUUUAGUUGGCACUCAACAGGUCCCGGAUAUAUCAGAAAGAAAGAAUGAGAAAAACAAAGCAAACAAAGCUAUAGAUUUGAUUUGAUUUGUUCUGGACAAAACAUCAGGUUGAAGUCUCCCAUCCUUCACAACUGGGAAAUGAGUCCUGAGGUACUUUGAUGCAAGCAGAAUCUUUGACAGCUUCCAACAUACCAACAAUCAGGAACAACUGGUGCAGCUACUGAAAGUCGCUUCAGUCUGUUCUGCGGGUCAACCUUUCAAUUUAUACCCUUGUAAAAUCCGACUGAACUCGGAGAUUAGAUGCAGCCACCUUGGAAAUCCCAGCUAUUUAUUCAGCUCUUGCAGGUCCGCUGCCUAAACAUGAAUUGUCUUUUUUGAAAAAAGUUGUUGCUGAUACAAAGUAUUUUAAAAUAUUUUUAUGGUCUUAUCGAUGAAUAUAUGCAGUUAGUAAAAAAUAAUUGGAUUACA